GGCGGGGCGGGCGCGGCCCCCGCGCGGUGCCCGGAGCGCAGCCCGGGACAGCCGGACGCUCCCUCGGUGACGGUGCCGGGGCUGUGCCUGGCCCUGCUCCUGUCCCCAAGCAGCUGCAGCCAGGAGCUCCGGGCCGGGCCAGGAGCCGACCCCGAGGGUUUGCCCAUGGAAUAAACACUGGGCACAGCUCGAGGCUGAGCUCAGAACCCUCCCUGCCCUGGAACCGCCGAUCUCUGCCAUGAAUGAUGCAUCCACCAUGGAUUAUGAACUGCUCUCCCCAUCCCUGGUGGAGCACCCCGCCGGCGCCGCGGGCAUGGACGCCGAGCAGAAAACCGUGUUUGCCUUCGUCAUCUUCCUGCUGGUGUUCCUGGUGAUGCUCAUGGUGCGCUGCUUCCGCAUCCUGCUGGACCCCUACAGCCGCAUGCCCGCGUCCUCCUGGACGGACCACAAGGAGGGCUUGGAGCGGGGCCAGUUCGACUACGCGCUGGUGUGAGGGCAGGCUGGGCUCGGGGGAGCCCCCCCAGCUUGGCCCCGAGCCCCCCAUCCCUCCGUGGUGUCCCCUCGCAGGGAUGCUGAGCUUUUCUAAGCGGUUUCUCUCUCUUUUCUAAGCACUUCUCAGCCGUGCGGGCAGGAGGGGACGGGACGGGGCAAGGCGGGACCUGCCCUGGGCCCCCCGCGGGUCCCUGCGCUGGGCUCUGCCCGGUGUCACACCCGAGCUGAGCCCCCCGGACCCCCCCCGAGCCCCCCGAGCGCUGCCCCCGGUCCUGGUCCCGGUCCCGUGCGUGUCCGUGUGUCCUGUCGCUGAGCUGUGUCCGUCAGGGGUUCCUCGGCACCGGAGCCGAGUGCUGGCUUUGUUCCCAGUGUGUGCCAGUCCCCAGACCCCAAAAAGGGACGGGGGGGAGUGGAGAGACCCCCAAAAGGGACAGAGGGAGUGGAGAGACCCCCCCUGUGCAGCCCCCAGAAGGGACAGAGGGAGUGGAGACCCCCCCGUGCAGCCCCUCCCCGUGUCACUGUCCCUGCCCGAUGGUGACAAUGCGCUGAGCUGGGCCAGGGGCAGCCCUGAGCUCCCCCCCUGCCCGCCUGGGGACACCAGGACGGGUCAAAGGUGACACAAAACCCUCUGGGCCAGCAGGGCUCGGCAGUUGCUGCGGGAUCCAUCCCAGAGCGGCCACCCCGUGCCCAGCGGGGCUGUCCCGGCUCUGCCCGGGCUCUGCAGGUGGCCAAAGGGCGAGCAGAGGGCAGCAGGGAGGGUUUGUGGAGCAGGGAGGGUUUGUGGAGCAGGGAGGGUUUGUGGAGCAGGGAGGGUUUGUGGAAGGGAUUUGAGCCCCGGGGGGACAAUGUCACCCCUCCAUGGAAAUAAAGCCGCACCGUGCCAACCCCA